UGCAGAUCAUAAUCGAUAGUUCAAUUUCUUUGAAAAAUGUCUUCUGAUAUAAUUCAAACGCGUAACACAGUGCCCCGUAAGCGGGGAAGACCCGCAGGAAGAGGUCGAGUUUCUCUUACUUUAUAUGAAAAACGAGCUCUCAAUGCGUCGUAUGAGAAGGAGAGAAGAGCUGCUAUGAACGAAGCUCUAGAAAAUUUGGCGAAAGAGGCCGGUGUGCAGAGUACUUUGUCUGUUCCGGACCUGCUAGCGGAGGUCUCGACGCUUCUACAAAAGUCGAUGAAGCGCGACAAAUACUGGGACGCUGAGAGACUGCGGAAAGCCAAUGAGGACCUGGAAUCUGAAAUAGAAAUGUUGGAGUACUGUUUUCCGACGGAAACAGAGCCUAAGAGGACAUGUCCAAUGAAGAGAAAAGUUGCUGAUUGUGGCUGGCCGAGUCCUCCCAGCAAGCGGGUCUCGACAAGUCCAUCUCAGGAGCCUGUGCCGGUUUCGACAUGUCAGCGAGUGCUGCCACGACUAGUUCGGCGCGCUUCUGCACCGGACACGGGUUCCCAGCAAUCCCAGCUACAGACACGCCAAGAAGAGUCCUAUGCUUUCCCGUUGGCUUGUGUGGAGGAACAUCUUUCACCACAUUUCCCCGAAGGCGUUGGAUGUUCAUCUUUGGAUUCUGCGCCGUCUCCAGUAUACUGCAGCAUUGUGGAGCCAAGUGCGAAGAAUGAAAACCUGGCUGAGGUGGCCAAUUUUGGUACUAUAGAUGCAACUGCAGGUGCACGGGUCUCCUUGAGUCAGUUCGACUUUUGGGCGACGGAAGAAGACAUCGUCUCGCUUUAUUUUUAAGUUGUAAUUAGUAUAGGAUGUAAAGUUAAUA